AUGGCAGUGAGUCUCGGGAAUGGAAUGGAUUUGGACAGAGACCGAGAAGUUGCUCAAUCUAAUAGAAAAAUAGUGCCACUUACUCCAGUGACAUUCGAUAUUGAUGAGUCGACGGAGCUUACAAAGGUUGUAAUUAAACAAGCACAAGUUGACAAAGGCAAAGAGAAAGAAAUUGAUCAGUUCCCAGAACAGGUAUUAGAAAAGACUUCUAAUCGGAAAAAGAUACAAAGCAGUGUGCAGAAGCAACCUCCAGUACCAUUCCCGCAAAGGUUGGCAAAGCAAAAAAAAUAUGAUCAAUACAGGAAAUUCAUGGAAAUGCUAAGGCAAAUUCAAUUGGAUAUCCCUCUAAUAGAUGCUUUGAGGGAAAUGGCAGGCUACGCUAAGAUGAUGAAGGAUUUUAUGUCUCAAAAGUUUGACUUCCAGGACCUGUCUACUAUGGAUUCGACUCAAACUUGUAGUGAUGUAGUGACAAGGCCUAUGGCUCAAAAGUUAUCUGAUCCCGGUAGUUUCACUAUCCCAUGCACAAUUAGAAGUUAUGCUUUUGCCAAAGCAUUGUGUGACUUGGGGGCCAGUAUUAACUUGAUGCCUUUGGCAAUCUAUACAAAAUUAGGCAUUGGUAGAGCUAGACCAACCUAA